AUGAAGGCACACACAGUGUGGUCUUCCUUCUUCAUUGCUCUGUUAUCUCUGAGUAGAUCUGAAGAUACAUUAUUUCCACAGUUUUUCAGUCUAUCUGAAAUUCAGAAUGAGCAAACAGUCACUGGAAGACUUGAUGCAGAUGUAACCCUGCCUUGCUCAUUUGAGAUUGGGUCUGAACCAGUAAUUUACUGGCGGAAUCAAGAGAGUGAGAUUGUUCACUCAUUCUUCAAAAAUGCUGACCAGGAUGCAAGCUCCCGAUACGUAAACAGGACAUCCCUUUUUCAGAAAGAAAUUCCAAAUGGGAAUGCCUCCCUAAUACUUAAAAGAUUGAGACUUCAGGAUGAAGGGACUUAUACCUGCUAUGUGGGGACAUCAUCUGGGAAUUCCUGGGCAAACAUAGUACUAAAGUUAGAAGGUUUCAUGACACCUGUGAUAGAAUAUGAGGAAACUAACUCGAGCAACAACUUAAAAUGCAGUGUGUUAUGUGCUCAGCCUUGUCCAAAUAUCACAUGGCAAAUGGGUGAUAUGCCCAUCUCUGACCCCAUAGUAGAAGAAAGUGGUUUUAAUGUUAAAAGUACAAUAAACAUUGUAUCACCAGAUUCAUUUUAUGAAUGUGCUGUUGAAAACUUGUUGCUGGAGCAAACAUGGACAGGAAGAUGGACAAAGAAAGGUGGGUUCCAUAAGGUUGUUGUUAAAGAUGUUUCACUUUUGUGCGAAUUUGGAAACAACCUUUUUCAACCUGAUGAAGAAUUCAUUGUCACUUGGUCCAGAGUGCAAAAUGGGACUUCCUCCAUCCUGGCUUCCUUUCAGAGCUCCUCACAAAAUACCACCACCAAUGAAUCUCGACUAUCAUUCAAUAAAGAACAAAUAAACCAAGGCACCAUCUCUUCAACCUUGACAAAUAUUAGAAUAUCAGACAGUGGGAAAUAUUUAUGCAACAUUUCUUCAAGAAAAUAUACAUUAUUAACCAACCAAAUACUGUAUGUAGAAACACAUCUAAUGGUCAAUGAUGUUGCUUCAGUGGCUGUUGUUGCUGUGGUGGUGGUGGUGGUGGUGAUACUAGUGUUUUUGGUAUUACUAUGCACAGUUCCUGCAUUAAGAAGACGCAUUUGCUGCUUCUCAGCUGUUAGGAAACUGCCAUUCUCCACAGAGAAAAUAGGAGCAAAGGCCCAUAGGCAAGAUUGGAAGGACGUAUUUGGAACAGGGAAUAAUACUGGCCCUGAAAAGCCCAAUGAUGAGGAGGAGCUAAUUGGCCUAAUUUUUCAAAACGGUAACAGAGAGAUGGAGGGGUCAGCGGCCUGCCUCUUGGCUGUAUGGGCAAUCAAUGGGAGCCUUUCUCUGACUGCAGAUCUGCCUUUGCCCUUUGGCUACUGCUCCAGCCAACCCUGGAAGACAGGCGAGAGCAGUCAGUCAAUAGACCCACUUCAGAGGCUGCCUUUUUGGCCUUCUCUGCAUUUUGAGACCCCUGCACUGCUUCUUCAAAUCAUUCUGCAGCCAGGCAACAUCAUGGCCCCAGUUUUUGCUUCCGGCGAAGGAGACUUGUGUUCUCAGGGAAAGCAGCACCUCCUUAGGCAAGCUGAGGCUCACCGUGCUUACCAACAAACUGGUCCUUCACUCGUGUUUCAGGACAAGCACUGUGAGAGAGCUCUGACUCACUUCCGGUGA